UUAGGUGUAAAUGAUGCAAAGAAAUCUCCUACGGAUGACAGUUCUGUGAAAAGAUACCAAGAUGAAAUUACUCCAGCUACUUUGCCAAUGCAACACACUGAGGAGCAUAACUUUACUAAGCCUGAAAUUGUGCAAACUCAGAAUCUCUUACUUAAAGAUUCAAAAUUGGACGUUAAUCCCACUGCGGAUUCGGCAGUGCCUCAGUCUAUUUUAUCACAAAGCCUGCCAAGCUCUGUGUCUAACACUUUGAAAUUUACUCUUCGUCAAACAGGGAUGCCAACUGUAUGUUUGCCCAAUUCUGAUCCAAAUGUGGAUAGUUCAUCAGAGUUGACCUAUGGCCUGCCUGUUACUGAAGUGGAAUCUAAAACUGGGGAAACAAAACCUAAGUUAAUCUCAGAUUCAAAAAUGGAGAUUGAAGAGGCUGAAAAAGAUUCUGAACUGCCAGACAGUUCUAAAACGCCUGAAGCAAAUAAAGGGCCAAUCAAAAUUGAACAAAUGUCUAGCUAUGAAGAAAAACAGGUUGCACAUAAUGUAAGGGAAUUAGAACAUGAUCUUAAUGAAUCAAACUCAAAAGAUCCUGUGACGGCAGACUCUGUGGAGAAGUCUCAGCAGAAACUAGAUAGCAAAAUGGAUCAGAACUCUGCUACAAACAGUUCCGAAUCAAGUGCUUCGUCAAAGGAUGAUAUUUUAAUAACUAUAAAACAAGAGAUUAUGGAUGAACCACAAGUUUGUACUGUAAAUAGCAGUGCUGAGGAUAUCAAGACUGAAUCUGAAACUUUGAAGAAAGAUUGCUCUGAUGUUUUAAUGAAAGAGAAAAAAAGUGAUACUAAUGAAGGUUCAUCUGAUGAAGAACUGGAAAAUUUAUCGAAAUCUUUAGUGGAAGGUGAACAGGAACAAGGACAACAGAAUGUGCUUCUAAAGCAACUACUUCAGAAUUGCCCUUCUGCAGAAACACCAAGAAAGACAGAUAGCUUCAUUGAGUUGAGAAAGGAAGAUCUUGAAGAUUUAGGUAAACUUGAAGUGCCCUUUGACAUCACUGACAUUCAGUCGAGAAAUAAACUCUGUGAUAUGAAAUCUAAAAAACCAUCAUAUUUAGACAUACGACGAGCUCAGUUAGAAAAGGAACCCACUCCUCCUCCAGGAGAAAAACCAAAACCUGUAAAACGUAAAAGACCAAAAAAGAAGAAGCUGGAGCAGCAAGGCAAGCCUGAUGGAGUUUUGGCCAAAAAGAAGUGUCGGCGUAGUUCUUCUAAAGUAGAAGAAGGCUAUGAAACUUAUGUAGAAAAUUUAAUGACAAAACUCACAAAUUUACCACCUCUUAGGAUAUUGGAACCAAAUAUUAAGCCAAAUUUCAACGCUGUGCCUGUCUUUGGUUCAGGUGAUUUGAAUGUCAAAGAAAAUCAACUGAAGGGCCAUUUUGGGAGUUCAACAAUUCCUGGUCAGAGUGACAUUUAUUCAUUUUAUCCGUAUGCUAAAGAACAACCAUCAUCUUCAGCUAUACUGCCACCAUCAUCACCUCCAUAUCGAGGCUUUUAUAACCAGGAAUUCCCCAACCUAAACAAAACAAUAGAAAAGAAUGAAGCAUCCUUAAUAUUAAAAUCAAAUGUGGAAACUGAGCCUAUCAAAAUUUCUAGAGAUUCAGGUAGCCCAGAUACAGUGAUUUCUUCUUCUUCACCUGAGUCAUGCCUUUUUGAGCCCCUAAGUAAAUAUCCUAAUUUAAUAUUUGUGGAUCACCUGUUAACAGAAACUAAGCAGAAUGGUUCACCGGUUAUACCAUUGAUGUAUCCAGUGCCAAUAAGAUUGUUUCCAAAAUCAUGGAAUGAAUCUGCAAUUUGUGAGCUUGAUGAUGAUAAGGAUAAAGAAAAUAUUCCUGAUGACAAGAAAGAAAUUGGUCUGUUAAGAACAAAAAUGACUGGAAUAGGAGGGUACUCUGCACCCUUAAAAGAUUCAGGAAAUGUAGCAGUGACUUUGACACUAUCAUCAGCAGCUGCAGAAGAUAUAUGUGGAGUUUUAGCAGCCUUAGCAGAUGUAUUGAAAAUUCCUAUCCCUGCUUCAUAUGAAAUUGUUGAAAGAACUGCUACACCUCCAAGUCAAAAACUGGGACUCUACAGAAGAUCUAAAAAUUCAGAUACAAGUAUCCAUUCAUUGCUCAAUGGAAAGCCUCGAUUCUGCCGUCACUGUGAUAUUGUCGUCUUGAGUGCAGGCAUUCUGAAAAAAGCUUCUGAUCUUGCAUGUAUGGGUCCUGAGGAACAAGAAGAGGAUGAAGUAAUAUUUUGUAGCACCAACUGUUAUAUGCAGUUUGCUUUAACGCACAGAUCAACAGCCAUAUUAGAAGAGAAGGAAGCAGCAACUAUUGUCGACCAUAUUGGUGACAGUACACAUGAUAAAAAUUCUAGAAAUAAUGCAGAAGAUUCCAUGGGAUCUUUGAUUGCUGAUGAGAAAGACUUUUUGAGAAGCACUGGUGAUAGAAUUAAAUCUGAAAUUGACUCAUGUAAACUCGAAUCUUUAGAACUGGGUGAAGAUAAUGAAUUUGAAGGAACUAUUAAAAUUGAUAGUUCCCUCAAAGAAGAAAAAAUUUUGUCUCCCAGCAAUUCAGCCUUUAAUAUUGAUUUAUUAGAAAAGAUGGAUAUAUCUACAGAUAUGGAGCCAGUGCAGCGGAAAUGGAAAAGUGUAAGAUAUAAGUACUGGUGUUCAAAUAUUGAAAUGGCUUUUAAAACAAAACGGAAAGAAGAUACUUCUGAAAAGGCUCCCCGUCCAUUUUAUCACACUAUUAAACCCAUCCAGAUGCCCAAAGAUGAAAGGAAAUGUAUACUGUGCCAUAUCAGUGGAGAUGGUGAAACAAAUGGACCUGCAAGAUUACUAAAUGUUGAUGUCAAUAAAUGGGUUCAUCUGAAUUGUGCAUUAUGGUCAGCUGAAGUGUAUGAGACUGUGAAUGGUGCUCUGAUGAAUGUAGAAUCUGCAUACAAACGAUCAAGACUCAUAAAUUGCUGCAUCUGCCAUAAGCAUGGAGCUUCUCUUCGAUGCUUCAGGACAAGAUGCCCUAAUAUUUAUCACUUUCCAUGUGCAAGGAAAGAGCAGUGUUCCUUCUAUUCAGAUAAGACAAUGCUAUGUCCUCAACAUGCCCAUAGAGGGAACCCUGAAAAUAAAUUGGAUUCUUUUUCAGUCUUUCGUAGAGUCUAUAUAAAUAGAGAAGCACAUAAACAAGUGGCUAGCAUGAUCCAAGAUGAUAAGUACAUCAUGCGAAUUGGAAGCUUAAUUUUUCUCAACAUUGGGCAAUUGUUGCCUCAGCAAAUACAAGCUUUUCAUACUUCAAAAUGCAUUUAUCCUGUUGGCUACAGAGUUACUAGAAUGUAUUGGAGUAUGAGGAAAUUAGGAAGAAGGAGUCAGUAUGUAUGUACAAUUAAUGAAUUAAGUGGUAAACCUGAAUUUUGCAUUCAGGUAAAAGAACCAGAUCAGAAGGAUCUUAUACUGAAAGAUAGAACUGCCAAAGGUGUAUGGCAAAAAGUUAUUUAUCCUAUCGAAAAAAUGCGAAAGCAGGCCAAAACAAUCAAAAUAUUCCCUGAUUAUAUAACUGGAGAUGAUUUAUUUGGAUUAACAGAACCAGCUGUGCUUCGAAUAGUAGAAUCGCUACCCGGAGUCGAUACUUUGAGUGAUUACAACUUUCGGUAUGGACGUUCUCCAUUUCUCGAACUUCCAUUGGCCAUCAACCCUACUGGUUGCGCUCGUUCAGAACCUAAACUUCGAACACAUUUUAAAAGACCUCAUACUCUUCAUACAAGUAACAGCUCAAGAUCUUUCCAUUCAGCUUUUGCUGGAAUGGAAAUAUCAUCUCCAUACAUAAAGCAAUUUGUGCACUCCAAGUCUUCUCAGUAUCGCAAAAUGAAAACGGAAUGGCGGAAUAAUGUCUUUUUGGCUAGGAGCAGAAUUCAGGGUCUUGGUUUAUAUGCAGCAAGAGACCUAGAAAAACAUACUAUGGUCAUUGAAUAUAUUGGUCAGUUGAUACGUAAUGAGAUUGCUGAGCGAAAUGAAGCCAUAUAUGAUGCUCAGAACCGUGGAGUGUACAUGUUUCGCUUGGAUGAAAAUCGAGUGAUUGAUGCUACUCUUUGUGGAGGUCUUGCUAGAUACAUGAAUCAUUCUUGUAAUCCAAACUGUGUGGCUGAAGUUGUACAGAUUGAUAGAGAAAAUAAAAUUCUGAUAAUUACUAACAGGAGGGUAACAAGAGGAGAAGAGCUUUCAUAUGACUAUAAAUUUGAAGUGGAAGAUGAUCAGCACAAGAUCCCUUGCUUGUGCGGAGCUCCAAAUUGCCGCAAGUGGAUGAAUUGAAUUGCUGUUGAGCAAAGCUGUACAUUUGUAUUAGCCAUUUUAAUGUCAUAUAGAACUUUGUAAUAUAUAUUGUUUUAUAAAAUUUAAUAUCCUGUACAUAAGUUUUUUUACUCCGGAGUUUUAUGUGUAUCAAAGUUAGAGCAACAUAUGAAAUUUCAUAUCUGUCAUUUCAAUCAGCUUCAGUUCAUCUUGUGUUUGCAUCUUAUGCUUUACAACAUACGUUACAGUAAAGUGUGUAAGGAGCAUGUUAGCAAUUAGAAAAGUGAAGGGAAAACUUUCUUUUGUAAAAUGAAAAAAACCUUGAUUUCAUUAAAUUAUUAGAAAACUAUUCCUCUUUGUUAAUUAUGACACACCCAAAUUACAUAAAAUUCAUUUAGUGACAUUUUGUUUUACAUCAAGAAGCUUUCUUAAUAAUAUAGCAUUGCUAGAAAUCCAAAUAUAAUUUUCAAAGCAUGGGAUACACUAGCAUUUGUUUGUAAUCAUUUGUAUGAAAAAUUUUUAAGGAAUAUUAUAAUUUUUAAUAAUUUAAAUCAAAUCUAACUAUUCUGUAAUAAGAGUAUUAUUUUCAGUAAUUAUAAAAUUGAAGCUAGUUGCUGCCAGUUUCUACAUAUUUUUACAGUUUUGUCCAUCAUGUUUGGGGAAUGUUAUGCAUACUGUAAUUUAUUUAAUUUCAAAAUUAAAUAAAUUACAGUAUGCAUAAUAAUUAAUUUAAUUUCAAAAUUAAAUAAAUUAUGGUAUGUUUAAUGUAGUCAUUUGAACGUAACAUCUAACUUAGAGCAGUUUUCUGUUAUUCAUUGUUUGUAAAUUAUUUAUUUAAUUUAGAAAGUUUGUUAUCUGUAUAGUUUGGAGAAGCAUAAAAUGCUACCACCAGGAUUUUUUUUUUUUUUUUUCAUUUUUUCAUCUUUUUGUAAAUUUGUUAUAUUGUUGUCAUUUGAAAGCUUUAUUUAUGAUCUUGAUAAAGAAUUUAUACACCCACUAUCUAAAGUAUUAGAAUUCAAUAUUAGUUUGUUGUGUAUUCUAAGAUGUGGUAAAAUGUAUCCUCUGUUUUUAGCUUGUGGUGUGGAUUCUAAUCUUGAAAUAUAGUAGUCUCUUUAUUUAUAUGCCUUUCUCAAAUAUUAUUUUUGUUCCAGGUAUAGUAGUUACCUUUAGUAACAGUGCUGUAAUAGAUUUACUUAACUAAGCUGUAAGAUUUUAAACUGAAAAAUCAUUGAUCUAAAUUUGAGAAUAUUUCCAAUGGAUUUAAAAAUAAAAUCACAUCUAUUUAAAUUAUAUCAAAAUGCAGUGCCUCAGUACUCUGCUUAGCUAAUGGCUAUAUUUUUAGUAUGUUGAACGGUUACAAAAUUUGAAACAUUUUCAUUUGAAUGAAGAAAUUUAAAACUGCUAGUAUAUUCAGAGGAUGCAUUUUACAUUUCUUUAAAGAAAUUUGAAAGAUGUAAGUAAUGUGUACAGUUUGUUUCAAUUAAUGCAGUUCAUAUUAUUUAAAACUUCAUGGAUGAUGAACUUUUAAUGUACCACAUUUCUAAAAAUUAAAAUUACAUUUUUUUUUUUCAAAGUCAGAGUUGUGCAAUGUGACUAUUAUAAAUAUAAAACAAAUUAUUGCAUCUUUCAUUCAUUAUUUUGUUGAAUACUGAAGUACAAGACUUUUUGUUGUGUGUAAUUGUACAAACAUGCCAUUAGUUGCAGCAAAGCAUUUAGACUUCUAUAUUUAGAAAUGGGAAAGAAUAAAAUGCUCUGCUUUUAUCUUGUAAAAUAAUAAUAAUAAUAAUAAUAAUUUAGAGUGAAUGUGUUUGAAGUUGUGCCUUGAAUAAAUGAAAGAAUUUGUAUUGUAUAUAAAUGUAUUUCUGUACAUGCCUUAGUAUGUAUUUAUAUGUUUGGAAAUAUUAAAAAACCAUUUAAAUUUCAUUUAACUUUUAGAGAAAUCUUAUGUGUUUUGUAAUUCAGAUUUGAUAUUUUAACAUUUAUCAGGGAAAUUUCUAUGAAUGUCAUUGUGACAGAACCUCGAACAGAUCUCAAAUAUUAACCUCUUAAAACAUUUUGAUGUGUAUAAUCAAAUGCUUUAUUUUCGUCAAAAUAUUCAAUAUCUGUAUAUAUUUUUAUGUUAAAAAUGUAGACAGAAGGUCUAAAACAUAGCCAUAAAAAGUUAUAUUCUAAAUAAAUAACAAUGUGUUUGAUAACUUUGUGUAUGCACACAUGCACACCAUGUCCCAAAAAGUUUUUAUUCAGGCUUCAUUUUCACAACCAUUGGUUGUAGAUAUACACUUAUAGUUACAAAAAUUUUUCAAAUAAUGCAAAUAAUUAUGUUUUUGCAUUUUAAAAUUUUUUUAAUUUACAAAGUGUUAACUUUUUAUGUAUUUCCCCAUUCUUUAUACUUACGUUCAGGAAAGUUUCUGCUCAUUAUAAAAAAUUAAAUAUAAUAAGUGUAGUUCCUGUAUGACAAAAGUUGACUAAGAUAUUUUGUUUUAAAUUUGGAGAUGAUCUUCAGAAUCGGUACCGAAUUUAAAGAGUGAACUGUUUGCAUACAUAUGUAAAUAAAAAUAUAAUGUUGUAUUAGGAAAAGUUUUCUGAUGUUAAAUACAUUAAGUGUUCAGAAUUUCUAUGCAGAUUGUAAUGAAAAGUAUUGAUCACUAUAAAUUUUUUGAAAAAUGAAAUCGUAUUCACAAAAUUUUGACAAUAUUAACUCGUAGCCAAUUUGUAAUAUUAUAUGCAUAAAUUAAAAAUUUUAAAUAUCUUAGUGAAUUUCUUCUGAUUAUUAGAGUAGAAUUCUAAAGUAAUAACUCUUCAUGAGAAUAUUAAUGACAUAUUUUUAGCAUUUAGAAGCUUAAUUCAGAAGACAAAACAACAAAAAUCAGCGUUAUAUUUACGAACUGUGGAAAUUUCCACUGUGGAAAUUUUGUAAAUAUAACGCUGAUUUUUGUUGUUUGUCUUCUGAAUUAGUAUUUAUUCGGCGUGUUAUUGUGUCUUAAUUCAGAAGCUUAUGAAUUACUUGUGUGAAAAUUCGUUUAGCAUUCAAUUGUUACAAAAUUAUAGAUUAAGAAAUAUUACAAGAACAUAUAUCACAAAUAUGUAUCACUGAAUGCAAUUUUAAGGGGAAAUUUUACAUCAAAUUGUUAUAAUUUAAUUUAUAUCCAACUCUUUAACCCUGUAACCAGCAAAGCUGGUGAUAAUAUGACCCAGAAUAUUUUUUGUGGCAUUUUUAAAGAAUUUUUUAUAUGUGCAUUGUGAAAUGUGUCCAAGAUUUUAAAGCAGUAUCGUAAAAGUGUACAAUUCCAAAGGUGUAAAGUACUAAGGGUAUUUUGGCAUAAAAAUUCUGAUGGCAGUUUUAGGAAAUUUGGACUUUCUUAACAAAAUCCUAUGUUCAAAGGGUUAAGGCAGGUUAGAAAUGGUGUUGGAUAUACUGAAUUUUGAAAUUAAAUACAUCAGUCGGUUUUGGUUGUGUAGGAGUUAAACUUUUUAUAUUUUAUUUUUUAUAAUGAGUAUGAAAUUUUCCGAUAAGUAAGUAUAGGGACCGGGGGACUACAUAAGAAGUUAAAUUUAGUAAUUCGUAUGUUUUUUUUUUUUAAAUAAAAAAUGCCAAAACAUGAAUAUUUUCAUUCAUUUAAAACACUUUUUUGGAAGUAUAUGUGUAUGGACAGCGGUUAUGAAAAUAAAGCACAGGUAAGGGCUUUUGAGGUCAAUAUGGACAUAGCUUCUUUUGCAUAGUUGAAUAUCAUAAUGAGUUUCACUAAUCUGAAAUGUAAAAUUCCUUUGCUUUAAAAUGGGGAAGCUUUCAAGUAUUUAAAUUGAUAAGGCAUUGAAAUUGGCACAAAAAUUCAAAAAGUAAUCGGUAGGACAAGAAAUUUUCUUCAUGAAAAAUGCAACUGGUAUUUUAUUCACUAAAUUUAUGUAAUCUGAAAACAUUUCCAAAGUGAUUAAGACUAUAGUGCUUCAAAGCAAAUUCCAUUAAAAAGAGGUAUUACUAGGUAGAUCGAUUCAGAGAAAUAGGAAAAGCAAUAUAUAUUUUUUAAAAUUUAUUUAAGAAGAUGGUGUGAAUACAGACUUCUCUGUCAUCAUUUUGAUUCCUGCAGUAAAGAAGAAUUUCUAUUCAAACCUUCAAAAAUUGGUCUUGCAAGUUUAUGCAAGUUAUGCUGAUUUUUGUUGCUUUAGCAUCUCCAACAUUAAUUAAGAAGAGACAUUUUGUGUUGAGGGGAGGGGAUGAAAUAUGUGAAUGUAGAAAAUGUAAAUCUUAACUAUUUCUACUUAAGUUGGUAAAUAAAAUGUAGAAAAUUCUUCCAUUUAUAUUAUUUUUAACAGUGGUGAUUUCCAGUUUCUGAUAUUCUUGAUUUAUUUUAGUAACUUAAACUGUUGGUGAACUGACACAGAAAAUUUAGGUUUUCAGUGGAACAUUAUUACAUAAGUUAAUCAUAAAUUUGCUUGCUAUGGUAGUAUAGUAAAAACUUAAAAUUUGUCUUGUAAUAUCUUAUGUAGCUGAAUACAUAAUAAGUUUUCUCCUAGAAGAAGUCUGAUUUCACAAAUUCUAACAUAAGAACUAAAGAGAUUUUAAGUGAUGUGAAAUUUUCACUCACUAAGUUUGUUAUUGUUAUUACUUAUCCUCCUGAUCUUGAGAUAUCCACUUAGCUUAGGUUUUAAAUUAAUAAUGGCUAAAAGGAAGGCAGCACUUUUCAUUGGAUAAUUCUUGAGCACCUUAUGGAUGUCAGUAUGGUUCUUGCUAGCUGUCUUCUGAUGGAGAACAGCUACAAGGGUCUUCUACCCCUCUUCCCUUACAACUACUCUGAUAUGCCCUAUUAGGGACACACACUUCUUAUGCGAAGAAAACUUGAUAAGCGCCAUCCUGUUCAGUAUGAUGGAAAGGGAUGCAGACUGCUAUAUCUCUAGGCUCAGGUUCAAAUCUGGCAGAAAUCAUAGAUCCCUGUGAAUGUAUGUAACAUGGUGACACUUAUAUACUAUUCAGCUGAACAGUAUAUUAAGACUUUCAAGUAGUUAGUUGUAGCAUAAAAAAAAAAAAAAAAAAAAAAAAAAAAAAAGAAAUCAUUCUAGGUUUGAAUGCCUAUAUAGUAGUAAUCUAAGCUGUAUUUAUGCUUUCACAAUCAAAUCAUGAAUUCUGAAAAUGAGCCUGUUGCUCACUUUCCCAUUGAUAUAAUGCUAACCAUGAAAACGUUAGAACAAAGCAAAUAUGAUUCAAAUAACUAUGUUUGGAUUAUGGAAGGCUGUUAGGCCUUCUCAAACAAGAAGACAGAUUGACUGGGUAUUAGGCAUAAGAAGUUUAAUAUCAUAACAGAACAUACUUUUUUUUUAAUUUGACUUUUUUUAAUGGAAGUAUCCAAAAAUACUAUUAUAAAAAUUUAAUCAUCAUCUUUUUUUUUUUUUUUUUUUUUUUUUUUUUUUUUUUUUCUUCUUAGUUUAUUGGUAUAUUUCUUGUAUUGUAACUAGUGGGUAUUGAUAAAUGCUUUAAAUGGAAGAGUCUAUCUCACACAAUGGGAAGAUCAAAGAUUCUUGCAUGGUUUUUAGGUUAUAAAACCUUUCUGCCUGGCUAUUAACAUGUUAAUUAGCUGAUAAAAUUUAUCACUAUCUACAUAUAAAUGUAUACUUCACAAUGCACAUAGCAUCACAUACAUUUGAAUGCUUUUUUAUAAAACAGCUAACCAGCAUUACCUAAGUGGGUGCACCUAGACUUUUUACAGAAGUGAACUUUGGGGGGAGGAAGAUUAAUUUUAAUUUAAACUUUUGCCAAUAGGUACCACAAAAAUGGGCAGAAUUAAAUCCUUUAAAAAUUAUGUGCUAUUGAGAUUCCGUGGUGAUCUGCUACAUUAGUAGUAGUAUAGUAGUACACUUUCAAACAAAAAUAAAUGUUUUAUAACCUUAACUUUCUCAUUUUGUUGGUAUAGUGCAAUAUAAUGGCAUUUAUAAAUUAUAAUUUGCGUUUAUUUUUAUGGCCUUAAAUCUUCCGUGAUACAUAUUUGUAUGCAAGCCAUACUUUUAUGUGUCAGUUUAUUGACUAAAAAUUAUUUUUUUAAAGAUAAUACAAAUUUAUGGGAUACUUUGUACAUCUGCCAAUUGCUAAAUCAUAGAAAAUUGAUGGAAUUGCUGUGAGUUAUAUGCAGUAUGUCAACGAGGCUCCUUCUACGAUGAGUUUCGCCAAAAGUGAAAACAGACUUUCUUAAUGAUUUUAUUAUAAAUCAUUCUGGAGAUUUGUUAAGUAUCCCUUUUGAUAUUCUUAAUAGUUUUCAGGUUAUUUGUUAAUUAUUCUAUUAUUUUUAUUAAUGUCCCUUGUAAAAAAUCUUCUUGCUUUUACGAUUUCUAAUCGUCUGGUUCUUGGAUAAAAUUUUAACAGAGUUCUACUAUGUUUGUUUUCUACAUUAUAAGAAUGUUGUUUUACUGAGAAUACUUUUCUAUUGUAAUUGCUUUUUAAAAUUAUGACAGAAUGUGCAUUUGGUGAUUUGUGUGUGAUGUGUACAUAAAUAUUUUACUGAAAAAUGUUAAAAACUAUGCAAAAAAGAGGUAAUUUUUUAAUUAUUGUACAUAAUUAAUAAAUAUGUAUACUCAUUUUCAAUUUUUGAUAAAAGAAAUGUAUUUUAGAUAUAAUGAUUCUUUUUUCAGUGCAGAGAAGUAUGUUUUUGUUAAAAAUGAUUGUAUUUUAUUGUAAUAAGUACUCAUUAAGUAACCAUUAACUGUAAAAGAUUGAAUCAAAAAAGUUUUGUAUUUCAUUUUGCAAUGAUACAAAGAAAUUACCAUGUCAACAAGCAUUCAUUUUAUUUGCAACAAUAUGGAAUGUAUAACAUUUCAGAAUAGAUGAUGAUGAACUGCAAGAUAAUAAAUAUUUAUAAUUUUAAAGAAUA